UGCCCGGGGACGGGGCGGGCGGCCUGGGGUGGGCCUGGCCCGGAGGGAGGCGGCGGUGCCAUGGGGGGCGCGGGCCGCAGCCCGGUCCCUUAUCUCCGGGGGCGGGAUAGGGCUGAGGAGUCCGACAUGGAAGAAUUUAAAGAUGCAAGUCUACCCGAAGAAUUACUUGAUCACUUAAAGCUUUCUGAUGAGAAGCCUUCAGAGACUGGCCCCAAAGAUGCACAGAAUCCCCAAAAUAUUGAAAGUGGAUGUACACCAUCUUCAGCCAAAGAUCCCACGACAGCAGAUGAGUAUUUCCAUGACUGUCAUGACUCCUUUGAGGCAAAAGAACCUGUGCUGGAUGAUGAAGGGAAUUUACAGAAUGAUGAGAAUAGCUCAAGGAAGCAGACAGAACUAGAUGAAGAAUAUUUACUAGAACUAGAAAAAGAUAUGCCAGAAGAAGAAAAACAGAAAAGAAGAAAGGAGAGCACAAUGCUGAAGGAGAAAGGAAAUGAGCAAUUCAAGAAAGGAGACUAUGGAGAGGCAGAAGACUCUUACACGAAGGCUCUGCAGAUCUGUCCCGCCUGCUUCCAGAAAGAUAGGGCUGUUUUGUUUUCAAACAGAGCUGCUGCAAAAAUGAAACAGGAGAAGACGGAAGCUGCCCUAGGUGACUGCAGCAAAGCAGUGGAAUUGGAUCCUAACUAUAUUAGAGCUUUGCUGCGGAGAGCAGAACUGUAUGAAAAAACAGAAAAACUAGAUGAAGCCCUGGAAGAUUAUAAGGCAGUCCUAGAAAAAGACCCAUCAGUUCCUCAAGCCAGAGAAGCUUGCAUGCGAUUACCUAGACAAAUUGAAGAGCGGAAUGAAAAAUUAAAGAAAGAAAUGUUAGGCAAACUGAAGGAUCUUGGGAAUUUGGUUCUCCGCCCCUUUGGCCUGUCAACAGAAAAUUUUCAGAUAAAACAGGAUUCAUCAACUGGUUCAUACUCUAUCAAUUUUGUUCAAAAUCCCAACAACAACAGAUAACACGAAUCCAGUCUAGUUCUGCUGGCUUUCAGGCUUCGUGACCGUGUGCUUGCACGUACCAAUAAAAGGAUUCAGCAAACAUUCUUCACGCUCCCCGAGUGAAGAUAAGACUCAAGCAUACUCAUUUCCCUGCUUGUGAGAUUAUUUACAAUGUGGAUGUAAAGCAAGUCAUUUGACUUCUCUUAGUGAUAACUGUGUCCAGUGUGUGAUUAUUUUUAUUUUUUAUUUUAUUUUUUUUCCUUCCCUUGCAGUGUUUGGCUUGUCCAACAGUCAGGGUCGUUGUUUUGGCCCAUUCAAUGCUGGCAACAAAAUUCCAGCAAGCAAUUCUCUUGAAUCAAAUGUCCACGCACCUGUAGCCAAGAACAAAGCCUUGGAGAAGUAAUGAAUCGAGCAGAAGCACUUCUCCCCCCUCAGCAGGUGGAUAUGAGUGACAACAUGCAUGGAAGCAAGCCAGCCUCUUCUGUGGAAUAAUUUUUCUUUGUAAUAAAGGCUUGGUAUUUCUGUUGGGUUGGUUUGUGAAAUUCUUUCCUUAUUUGAGUUCUUCUCAUGGUGGUAUUGUUAAAAGUGCUUAUAGUCACCCACAAAUAACAUACUUGCAAGACAUUAAUUUGAAGCAUUUGAUUGUGUUGUCUUGCUUCUAGCAAUAUCAGUAGAUUAACCUCAGGCCACCCUUAUAAGACAGUUUGUUUACUUUUUGUUCAUUUUUCUGAAGGCAACAAGGAAAUUUUGUGCCUAGAUAUAUAUAUAUAUAUACACACUCUUUGUAAUGGUACCAUUAAAUUAGUUAAAUUUGCUUGACUAAGAUUCAUUUCUAUUACAGAUAUCCGUAAUGACAAAGAAGUAAGUGAUGUUAAAGUUGAUUGCAAAAGAUUUUCAUAGUAUACCACACCUUGAAGACUUUAAAGUGUGUAUAUAUAUCCAUGCUGUUGAAGUAGUUCAUUCAGAUUUUGGAGAAAGGGUGUCUUUUGUAAUUACUACUUACUGUUUUUUAUAUUUGCUGAUACGUUUACAUUGGAGACAGAUUUUUCAGUUGUCUCCAUGGAGAUUUCAAUACAUAAUUUAAUUAAAUAAUCAGUGGUGGCUGUCUGUUGGCUAUUGGUUGUUAGAUUUAUUUCAGGAAGCAUCUUUGUGUGUACUUAAGGACUGAAAUGAUAGAGCUCCAGUCUUUACACCGAAACGCCUGAAAGGAACAGUCUCUCAAGCUAAGGAGUUCUUGGUGCUUUAUUUUCAUUUUUGUCUCCGCAGCUCUGGAGGGGUUUUUUGAUUGUUAUUUAACUCUGUCCUACUGCAUUUUUGACUUUGUGGUCAUCUGUUUGUUUGUAAACUAUCUCAAGUCUGCAGUGAGUAUGUAUGAAGUCUAUAGGAAUUAAAAUGUCAUUGUCAAAAGAAGAGAGAAGCCCUAAUUCACAGUGAGACCUGUGCAGCCUUUAACAUCUUCUGCGUAAUCAAAAUGUCACUUAAGUAAAUAACAGCAAACAGCCUCUAGGAUUUCCCUGUGCUGAAACUGUAACUGUGCCAUGCUUUACUAGAGUAAACUUUCUAACGUGCAA